AUGGCAGACCCUGCGGGCGCCUACCACCACCACCCACCUUCUCUCCUCCAUUACCCUUUCUAUGAGCCACCGGCGACGCAGCCCGGAGCAUUGCAGCAGCCACCCCCGCCGGGGAUGCACUCACAGUACUACCCGGGCCGGCAGCAGCUCCCACCGCCCACGCCUCCGCCGCACGGCACAACGUACAGUUACGCUCCUCUCCAGAGUUCUGGCCCGGACGAGGUACGAACCCUCUUUAUAGCAGGGCUCCCUGACGACGUCAAGCCCCGGGAGAUCUACAACCUCUUCAGGGAGUUCCCCGGCUACAUGUCAUGCCAAGUCCGGUGCACCGGCCAAUCCACCCAGGUCAGCUGCUAGCCCAGGGACCCUCUGUCAGCCCACGAACGAUCCCCUUCCUUCAACAUUCGAUGACUAAGUAGAACUUAAGCUGUUCACGAUCGUUGGAAUGAAUUUACGAGGUCUGGAGCUAGCAUUUUUGGAGUUUAGAUGUUAUUUUUUGACUUCAAUGCAUCAUAAGUUCAUAUACCUGUGUGAUUAUCUUUUAAAGUGGAGAUUUACUAAUGUGAUUGUCUUUUAAAGUGGACGAAAAUUAUUUUUCCAUGAAGGAAAUCUAUUAAUGUGAGUCGUCAGUUCAAUGGGGAUGAAUUUGUAGUCUGAAAACAGUGGGUAUCUAGUGUUAGGAGUUCGGGAAUUAAACAGCCUCCUGGUUCGUCAAUGGUUUUAAUUUAAAUUCUUACGUUAUUCUUUUCCUUCCUUCCAUAAAUCUCACAAAACAGCUAUUAGGAUCUCCUUCAUGCAAUCAACAUCAGUGGGCAUUGAGUCUGUUGUGUCUGAAUAACCCUCAAUUCGGGACUGGACUGGGUUACGAAUAAUCUUUUGUGUCCCGUACAAAGUCUCACCUUUCCCAAAGAGGCUAUCAAUUGUCUCCUACCAGUGAAAACUUCAAUAUCAGGCUUUAAAGCUCCGAAGUCCAUUGCAUGUUGGGCCUCUUUUAUGUAUAUUCCACAAUAGGUUUUUAACUACUGAAGGAAGCUGAUUUUUCGGUUUAAGCUUUCUCAUAAAUAUAUACAUCCACGACCAUUUGCCCACAAAGAGUGACUUGCUGCUGACCCUAUCUUCUGCAUUACAUCUAUCCACCUUUGUGUUGAAGCUCCUUAUGUAGGCAGAGUAUUUAUGCAUCCUUAAGUUUUUUCUAUUUUCGGAUGAAUUAUUUUCUGCAUGUUAUGCUGUUGUUACAGAAAAAUACCUUAAAAAACUGUCCCAAAUUAUAUCCCAUAUCACCUUCAAUGCAAUUUACCAUGGUUCUUUCUUUAAUGUAGUGGCUUGUAUUUGGCUAAUAGCAGCGGGCGUAGAAAAUCUUGUUAAGUUUCUCUGCAGUACUUGUUUGCAACAUGAGAUGGUCAAUAUUUUCUCAGAAAUCAUAGUGAACAUGGUGUUGGAUUCGGUUGUAAGAAUAACUGUCAGAAGUAUAUUUUUGUGAAUUAAAAUCGCGUUUUUGGUUCCUUGCUCCUGAUUUAACUUCAUGGUACUUUGGAACAGGCAUUUGCGUUUGCUGUAUUCAGAGAUCAACAAUCUGCGCUUGUUGCAAUGAACACUCUCAAUGUAAACAAAAAAAGGAAAACGCUUCAUGCGUUAUGGUUUUCUAAGAAGUUCUGUUGCAUCUAUAUAUAUUUUAGAUAUUUUCAUUUUUGAGAUUUUGCAUAUUGAAUGUUUAGAUUUUUCUCCAUAUAAGACGUGUGCUAUGUAUGGGUAGUCAGUGUUUUUCUGAAAAUAAAUUUUAUACCUUCAAAAUGCGUUGCUAGUGAUGCAGUAAUCUAUUUUUUUUAUGAAGCCUAUCUGAAAUGCAUGGAUUUAAAUUAUUUUUUUAUUUCAUUUCCUGAUUAUUCAUUUCUUUUAAAUAAGUAUGGAAGGAAACACUCUUUCUUGGAACCUAUUUUCACGAUUAUCCUCAUUGAUUAUCGUUGCCUCUGACACAUGCAAGGCUAAAUUCUUUUGCAUUACACUGCUGACUAUUUUGAUGGAUGAUUUCAAAUAUAGAAGGGUUCUGAAACUGUAGUUGGUGAAGUAUGAUUCAUCAUUUCCCCUUUUAUCCACUCCUGUUCUUUAUCACAGACGCAUUACCUAUGAGCUAUAGCAGUGUGCAGCAGUUUCCCGCAGCCAUCUUUAUCAUCUUUCUAUCUUGUACUACAGCUGAUGCUUCUGAUACCUCUUUCUAUCUCCUUUGUCCUCCUCCCUUGGCCACUUAGAGAAGAAAGAUGAUUGUCUCCGAAACAGGCAGUUGAAAGCAACAAUGGAGGCUAUUUCGAUUUAUGUGUAGGACGUACGGAUUCUCUUUUUGUUAUUUAAAUAUGAUGGCAGCGAGCUUGAUGAAAAUGGGUAAAUCAUGAAAACUAGUUAAUAUCACCAUGACCUAUUAAGGCUCCCUAGCUUCUGAGCUUUCAUUUCUCCCAUGAGAUAUAGAGCCUCUGGCAGGCUUCCUAUGGAGCUUUGACAGAUAUCAGAACCUCGUAUCUAUCCACCUGAGCUCCUUCCUAGGUUUUCCUCAUCUUCCAGUUUUGGAGUGCAAAGCUAUUUAGAUGUCUGUCUAUGAGAACAUUGAUAUCUUGUGUUCCACAUGAUAUUGCUAUGCUGCUGCCUAAUGAGAUUAAGCAGCAUCUACCAAUCUUAUUUGGCAAGUGCACUGUGCAUCAUUCCCUUAAGGAGUAAUCUCCGUAAGAAAAAAAAGACAGCAGCCAUUUCAGAUCCUCAUCCUCCCUUGAACGUCUUCAUUAAAUUUUUCUCAAUUUAUUUUCCGCAUUUACAAUUACAUAUGUGUUUAGACUAGAAUGUUAUUAUAAUAAAUCAAGCUGAAAUUAUCGUGUAUUUUUUCUCAUUUUUUGUGAAGAUAUAAAUGGUGUUUGUAACAUUUUUUUUAUUCAAUAAAUUUAUGUUUUUUAUGUUUGUUCUUUUGUUAUCUAUUUAACUGUUAUCAUACUAGAAGAAGUCAAAUUUUAUUGUGUUUUUAAUGUUUUUUGAGAGAAUGUCUGUGCCAGCAUCGGAAUUGAGAUUUAGAAUUUUAAAAUUGCAUUUUACUUAUUUUUGUUUAAGUUGGUGAUAAUAAAUUUAAUUUAUGGAGAUUAUUUAAUACGAUCGAUUUUCGUAAAUGUUGCUGUGUACAAAUCCUUUGUUAGUUGUUUGAUAAUUCGUUUAUGUUUUUUAAAUCAAAUAUCAUUAACCUACACAUUGGCUAGUGCCUCUCCUUGUUACUAGACACUAAGACCCACUUUCAUCACUCAUCUCCAAAAUCUUGGUGAAUAUGAAACCGUUAUUCCUAGAGUGUUUCUCUUCUUUUGUAUUUUUUUUAACAAUCUCUGGGUCAUAAAACCUCUUUCGUCCAUUCUUGGUGUCAACAAUCAUUUGCUAAGUAAUGUAAGACUCAGUUGAUAUCUUGCCACUUAAAUUGCACUUCUGGCCAGAAAUGAAUCACCAAGUUAUAAGGUAGAACCCUACAUGGCCGUGAUUUCCUUUCAUGCAAGGCAGUCUGCCUAUUAUCCUGCCAGUUUCCCUUCUAGUGAAUGGUACUUUUCAUGAGAGGUAACCCCAAUAAGCAGACUUACUGUGCCAUGAAGCAACUUUCCAUACCCUCUAUUUCCAUUUCCCAGGCCCUGUUGACCCUAUUCUACAUCUGUGACUUCUUCUUUAAGCUUCAACAUCAAUUUGGUGGUGCCAAGCCAAGCUUUCGUCCUUGAUGGAUGAGAAAAGGAUAGCAUCAUCAGCAUAUUGCGGGCGAGAAAAAUGAAGUCUCCAGUGGUAGGCUUGAAAUCUUGCCCUUUGGACUUUGCCUCAUCCUGCUCAAUCAUAACUUGGACCGGUAAAUGAGAAGUGGGGUUCAUUGAUGUUUAUUUCCAUCAUUGAACCAGGGAGAAGAUUCGCCGUAGCCAAGAUAACAUAAAAUUGGAUCCAAACAAUGUUUUCUUGUCAAAGCCCAUCUCCAAAGCACCAGAGUAGGAAUCCUAUCUGGCCCAGUUGUAAUCGUACGUUUUCCUCCAAACUCUUAACUUGUUAUACUGACACCUUUGCUGUUGAGUCUUCACGGCACAGGCUAGAUUUUAUAUUAUCAAGAAAAAAUCCUGAAUUUAUCUGCUGUUGAAAAUGGCUAUGAGGAAUUUUCUAUCUGCCCUCAAGGUUUGGAGCUAGCAGUCUCGGAAGAUGUCUUCACACCCUGGAGUAAGACUAUUGGGGCCAGAGUUCUAGUCUACAUGCUCCCCCUCUCAUUUUAGAGAAUAACCAGAAGCGGCAUGUUGGGCCUCUCAAAUGAGCUUUUCCCUGAGUGGAACUCCUGCAUUGCCAUCCAAAGCUGUUUUAAGGGAAUAAAAAAAAGGAAAACCUAUCCAGUUAUAGAACAUUGAACCUUGCUAGCUACUCAAGAAAAAAAAACUUUCUUCGUGUCGUCCUCUAGUGUGCUCCCAGGCCUCACCCCUUUCAAGCCUUGGAAUAAAGCUUUCUGUGAGCUGAUGUUUCCAGUCUUCCUGCUCUGUGAAUAGACUAGGAUAAAACUCCUUAAUCUGGUUCAUGUCUUCUUACUGAGUCAGUUCUUAAACCUGAGGCCAGCCUUUGGAAGUAGGUUUCUUAGCAUUUUGAUCCAUCUCUCCCUGAAUAUAUUUAGAAAUCUUCUCCUCUUUUUUAAAUGACAUAAUCCCUACUGAUGGCCCUUUUCCCUUUGCAUUGACAUUCGGAAGCUCUGAGACAUUGAGAAUUUGGUUUUUGGCGUAAAGAGAGUGGAGACCUGGAGCAGAUGCUCUUUGGGCUGUGUAGGUCGUGACAUAGCGUUUUCUAACUGGGUAUUAAGUGGCUGUUCUAGAUCUUUGAAAAUAAUAGGAACCCCUAGGGUCAAAAAGCAAUAACCUUCCUAUCCUUCCAGUGUCUAGUUUUGUAUUGAAUGUGACCUACUCUCAACCUGAUCAUGGGAUCUCCUAUGUACUGUUAUCCAUUUCAUCUAAAAUUUUGUGGAUAAGCAGAGGGGGAUAAUGAUCAGUUGGAUCACCCUGCCACAGAACUGGGUUGUUAUGUGUUCUUCCUGGAUACGAGAGGAUCACCUAGGAGUAUAUGGAUCUCCUGUUGGUAGGGUUUCCAACUCAAUUGACAUUGGUGGCGAUUUGAAACUCUAAGCGCAGUGAAAUGAAGAGUCUUUGCUAGAAUGUGUCAAAUCAUUAUCAAAAAAGUCUUCAUCACUGCUCGCAGUAAGUGGAGCAAAGAGCAGAAAUGAAUUGACACGCUAGAAGUAUUGCAUACCAUAGUUGGUUUUUAGCAACAAUCGGAUAAACAAGAUCGUUCAUGAUACAUGAAUUAUAAUAUUUUCUUGAAGAUCCUAUCUUACAGAGAGCAAUGCGUUUUACUCUGUGGCUGUGUCAACAUUUUUUUAGUCUACAAUUCUAGCCUUGUCUAACAUGGUUGUGGCAUGCAUGGACUGUGAUAGCAUGUCUUGAGGAGUGUUAGGUGCUACUUUCAUUUGCUUGUGUGCAAGGACCUAACAAAUUGUGGUAAUUUUUCAAUUCAAGGGCUAUUUUCAAAUCGUCUUUUAACCGAUGGACCAUGGUGGGAAAAUUAUAACAAUUUUGGGUCAUUGUUUGCAUGCAGCACAAACACUGUAGAGUUAUUCCAAUUACUACUUAGUUAUUCGUGUAGAUGGACGGGAUAUUUUCGUUUGAUUAUUGUUAUGAAAUGUUCUAAUAGGGAAUGGUGUUUGACCUUGAUAAGGAAUCAACUUUAUUUAUUGAUCUUGCCAAGUCCAAUUCGAGGUCCAAGCGUUCAAGAAUAGGUAUAGAGUGACGUAUUAAACUUUCUUCAGUGCCUAUAUAUAUUAAUCUAUCUCCAUUUCAUAGUUACAUUUUUAUUGCAUUUGUUCUUGUCUCACGAAAAUCAGAUGACGGUGUUUCAUAUUUCGAUAAGAAAGUUUUGAGAGCUGCUGGGCAUUCUAGAGGCUUUCCAGGAUCUGGUAAUGUAUGAGAACAUAAUGAUUUUUUUGUUUCAAUAAUUGAUUAUUUAGACAGAUCAUAUAUUGGUUUGCCUCCAGUUUUAGCUGAUUCUUGAUUCAUAUUUAUGGGGCCUGUUAUGUUUACUGCCCAACAGAACUAAAUUUUCCUACUCAUGUUUCCAUAUAAUAAUGUUAUGCAAGUUACUGACAUGAAGAAAUCUGUCUGCUAAAUGCUUAUGUUGCACAUUUUUGGCACACUUUGCAUACUAUCAGGUCUUGGAAGCAAUAUUCACACGCCUGGAGUGGGCAAUUCUGCCUACAAUUGUUAUCCUUCUGCACAAAGGUCAACACACAAUACUUGAGCACAUAUUUUCUUUCUUUGCUUGAGCUUUCACCUAAUGUUAUCAUAAUCUAUUUCAUCUUCAACUUUCCAAGGAAAAUUGAAAAGCAUUUGGUGGCAUUUAUGGUGCCUGGUUUUCUUAGAAUUCGUCCAGUACUGGGCUUUCAUGUGUAUCAGAUCAUCUAAUUGCUUCCCCUAUGUUCACAGCCAUGUAAACUGUGACUUUGAUCAUCAGAGUGCUGUAGAUCCUAGUCGACCACAGGUGAAGUAAUCUUCUGUAACGGGAAGCUCUCUCCAUGUUACCAUGAAUUUUGUAACUGUUCAUUUUUUGAUAUAAUUAGUACUUUAUGCUGAACAUGUUAUCUUUCAGACAGUGGCCUAUCAACUCUUUUGCCACCAAUCUGCUUGAUAAUGAUCAAUGAUCAAAGACCAUAUGACAGUAGUGACUGGCUGAAAAUAGUGUCUGAGUGAGAUUCUGUCAGAAAGCCAUUACUUUCAUUGUUAUAAAUAGUAAAGAGGUUAAUGUAGUAUGAUUAUUUUGAUGCACUUAAAGAGUGUGCAUCAGAGUUUGUUGCUUCUCUUCAGAUGAUGCAAAUGUAAGCAUGGUGGAAUUUCUGUCACCUUUGUUCAAGCCCAAAGACAGCUGUGCCAAGAAAUCUUCCCAGCUUCCAUCAGCCAAGCUCCUCAAGGAAAUUGUGAAAUGCAGUUGCUCUCAAGUUGCUCUCAGCCAUUCUCCAGUUGCUCUCGGCGAUUCUCUUCUCCACUGGACGUGUCUUGUAAUCAUGGAUAUUGGGCUUGACCAAAACCAUCUGAAUUAGGAUUGAAUGGGCUAAACAGCUGAUUUCAGUUGAAACCCUACUCCUUGUUCAAAAAUAUAAACAAUUUUACAUCAAAGGGAAUAACUCAAAGGUACCUUUAAAGUUAGAAUGCCUUUUAUAAACUAUAUAUGUUGGGGGGGAAAAAAACCUUUGAGGACAUACGAAGGAGGAGAGAAAAUGAAAUCGAUCACUUAAUUGAUGUUUGUGCCUGCCUGGUAUUUAUACUUGACCAACAUUACAGAGAUGGACCAGACUGGGCCAGACCAAUUUAAUAGUGAACCAGAUUCAGCCGAACCAGUCUAAAGAUAAAAGAUAUAAAUACAAUAAAAAAUAAUGCAGAAACACAAUAAUUUAGCCCAUUCCAACGCUCUACCCUCAAAUUGGUGAAACCUUAG